GGCGGCCGGGAGGGGCCGCAUGGCGGCGGCGGGCUGUUGGCGCGCGGCGAGCGGGCGGCGGAGGAGGAAGAGAGGGGAGAAGGAGGAGGAAAGCGGAGUCGCGGUGCUGAGGCGGCUGCGGGACGCGCGGGACGAGCUGCUGAGCUCCGGCUUCUGGGCGGCGAGCGCCGGAGCCGUGCGGGAGCCGCUGGGCUCGGGGCGGGCCUGGCGCUGCGUGUGCUACGGGCUGGGGCGGUUCGCUGCCUGCCCCGCCGCCCGGCUGCAGCUGGCCUUCCUGCUGCUGCUGCUCGAGAUGCUGGAGGUGCCGCCCAGGCACUGCUUCCUCUUCGACCCGGCCUUCUCAGAGCUGGAGCUGGCAGCACUGGAAGCACUGGGGUUGCAUCUGCUCCCAGAGAACGAGGAGGGCAAGCACAGCACAAAUGGAUCUCCUACCCUGUUCUACAUGGUGCACUGCGGCAAGGCACUGUACAACAACCUGCUGUGGAGGAACUGGUCUGUCGGUGCUCUGUCCAACAUGGUCAUCAUUGGGAACAGCUUUAAGGGAAUCGAGGAGAGGUUGCUGACAAGAAUAUUGGAAAGAGAUUACUCUUACAUUGCAAAGAUUUUAAAAGGGGUGGAGGAAGUUGCCCUCCCUGCUCACCCUCGGUACUCGGAUACCUUCAAUGACACCUCCAUCCACUGGUUCCCUGCACACAAACUGGAGAGGCUCUCUGCUGAAGUUUGGCAGUUCCUGGAGGAGCCGACUUAUGAGGACUGUGAUGACUUGGAGAUCAUCAGGAAGGGGGAGGAAGGGAGCCAGCAUGGCCCUGCUCCAGCACAGCCUUAACUGCUACCUCUUCCCUCGGUCCUCCUGUGCAGCCGAGGUGAUGCUCAAGCACUGACAGUGCCAGAAGUGGCAAUACCUGAACACUGAGCUUGAUGGAACAUUUUUGUAUCAUAGUGAUUUUUUUAAAUAAAAGUGAAAGCUCCACUUUGAC